CAUAUAUGUAAGUAGAGAACAACAAGACAGGCACACAGAGAGAUGGAUUUUGUUUCGUCAAUGAUCUAUCUGAAACUUCUCCUUCUACUUCUUCUCUUGUCUAUACCUAGUAGCAUCACUGCUAAUACUCAGCCUGACAGGAUAACUCGGCCAAAACUCAGCCUCGCAGAGCUAACUCAGCAAGAAGCAGACCGAGUACACAGGCUCCCCGGGCAGCCAGAGGUGAGCUUCGAGCAGUAUGCAGGCUAUAUCACGGUGAACGAGAGCCACGGGAGGGCACUCUUCUACUGGUUCUUCGAAGCCACCGAAGAGCCCGAGAAGAAGCCAGUCCUCUUAUGGCUCAAUGGAGGUCCGGGGUGUUCCUCUAUUGCAUUUGGAGCAGCUGAGGAGAUUGGGCCUUUCUUUCCUCAGAAGGAACAACCCAUCCUUAAGUUCAACCCUUAUACAUGGAAUAAAGCCGCCAAUUUGUUGUUCCUGGAAUCGCCCGUUGGAGUCGGAUUUUCAUACACCAACACGAGCUCAGAUAUACUUGAACUUGGAGACACAAUCGCUGCUAAGGACUCGUACACAUUUCUCAUCAACUGGUUCCGAAGAUUUCCACAAUUCAAGUCCCAUGAUUUCUACAUUGCUGGAGAGAGCUAUGCCGGACACUAUGUUCCGCAGCUCUCUGAGGUCAUAUUUGACAACAACAAAAUUGUUGCAAAAGAAGAUUACAUUAACUUGAAGGGUUUCAUGAUAGGUAAUGCAGCGUUGGAUGAGGACACAGACCAGACAGGAAUGGUCGAUUACGCGUGGGACCAUGCGGUGAUGUCCGAUGAACUCUAUGCAGACUUAAAGCUCGAAUGUGACUUCAGCAAGCGGAACCAAUCUACCAAAUGCGACAUGGCCAUCAUGCAGUACUUCGACAUUUACAGGAUCAUUGACAUGUACAGCUUGUACACUCCCGUCUGCAUUAGCAACAGUAGCACCGGUCGACCCCGUCAGCUCCCUUUUGUCCGUGGCGCAGUUCCGAGCAUACUCUCUAAGUUUGUACGAUGGUACGAGAGACCGGAGGGUUAUGACCCGUGCGCAUCAGAGUACACCGAGGCCUACUUCAACCGACCUGAUGUCCAAGCUGCGCUGCAUGCAAAUACCACAAAAAUUCCAUAUCCAUGGGUUUCCUGCAGUAUGCAUAUAUCCUUCUGGAAUGAUGCUCCGAUGUCGAUUCUUCCCAUAAUCAAGAAGCUAAGAGCUGGAGGUCUUCGGAUAUGGGUCUACAGUGGAGACACUGAUGGAAGGGUCCCAGUGACUGGAACAAGAUAUACAUUGAGGAAGCUUGGGCUCAAAACCGUUGAAAAAUGGACUCCUUGGUACAAUCGCCAACAGGUUGGUGGAUGGACAGUAACCUACGACGGGCUGAUGUUCGUGACAGUAAGAGGAGCAGGGCACCAAGUCCCCACAUUUGCCCCAAAGAGGUCUCUACAACUUGUCAGACACUUCCUGGCCAAUGAGAAACUGCCAUCUGCACCCUUCUAGCCAGCAUUUUCUGAUGAAUCAUCGUCAAUAGAUUCUUGUUCGUGAUUUUAUAAUCAUAAAAACAACAGAAAACAGAAAGAAAUUAAAUCAAAAUAAAAUCCAUCCUCUGUACAGCAAGUCUCUUUUGCCUGGUCCUCAUAGGCCGUUUGUACGAGGAACAACUCGAUGAAAUAAAUAUUCAUGAUUUAAUCUUUCUUAUGGCUA